AUGCAUGGUUGGUUCACAAAGUAUUGUCAUGAAAAAGAAAGGAUUUUUUUGCACAAAGAUGUGAGAAGAUGUUCGUCAGCCAGUGAUUCAUCCCGGAUGUACUACUGCGGAAACAAUGGAGGAGAUGGGGUUCCUUUUGAUUGGGAAAUGCAGCCUGGAAAGUCCAAAGAUCCUGGAGACCAAGAUGAAAUCAUCCCGCCCCCGACUCCUCCACCGGCAGUGCAAAGCCGUGGCCUGCCCAUGCCACGCCUUGACGACCCGGAUUCGUCAAAGGUCACAUAUUGGAAGAAAGUCAGAUUGGAUUCAAGUAAUGUCGCUUCUUGUUUCAAGUACAAGACCAGAUCGGAACCAAGGGUGGAAGAACAGAUGCCAUUUUGUUGCAGUCUUCGUCCAUGGAAAAUUGAUGAUGAAGAAGAAGGGAUUUCUCAUCUUCUACCUUCAUUUCUCUUUUUCUUUAGAUAUAGAAAGUAGGAAGAAAUUUAUAGGUAAAACAAAUACAAACAUAUCCAAGAAACUAGAUAUUUCCAUAAAGUUUAGAAUAUAUAGUCAGAGAUUUAACAGUUUGUAUAAACUAUUACACUAGAUUGGAUGGUUCCUUCUUUUGGAAACCUUUUAUCAAACAUUCUUUGG